AGUCUGAGAGGCCUCUGUCUCUUCAUUUGAAUGCCUCUCACGAUGGCUAAGCGGGAAAGCGGCAGCACCAGCCCAGUGGUGCGUCAAAUAGACAAGCAGUUCCUGAUGUGUAGCAUCUGUCUGGAGCACUACCACAAUCCCAAAGUCCUGCCCUGCCUGCACACCUUCUGUGAAAGAUGCCUCCAGAACUACAUCCCCCCUCAGUCCUUGACCCUCUCCUGCCCAGUGUGCAGACAGACCUCCAUCCUGCCUGAAAAGGGUGUUGCAGCACUGCAGAACAAUUUCUUCAUAACUAAUCUGAUGGAGGUGUUGCAGAGGGAGCAGGACUGCACCCGUCCCGAGGCCUCUAGUGGGCUGGAGUCAGCCGGUGCUGCUACAUAUGCCCCGCCCCUCUCCUGCCCCAACCAUGAGGGCAAGGUGCUGCAGGCCCAACUCAAUGCACUACUACAAGGGAAGGAAAACAUCCAGAGCAAUUGUAGCUUCACAGAGCAGGCGCUGAACCACGGCAGCCCCACUGAGGUGCUCCUGGUGCAGAAGCAGAUGGGAGAGCGGAUGAGUGCUCUGGCCCGCCACGCCUUCCCUGAGCAGCCCCAUGAGAACGGCCACCUGGACUGUCAGGUGGAGACAGAGGGGCUGCGCCGCUCCAUCCAGAACCUGGGAGUCCUGCUCACCACCAGCACCGUGGGCCACACCAGCGUGGCUACUGGAGAGGGUCUCAGACAUGCUGUUGUCGGGCAAAAUACCACUGUUACAGUGACCACUAAGGACAAAGACGGUGAGCUAGUAAAGACUGGAAAUGCUGCACUGAGGGCUCAGAUCAGUGGUGCAGAUGGAACCGUCACCGAAACGGACAUAACAGACAACAAGAACGGCACUUAUGAGAUCGGCUACACUCUCCGCUCAGAGGGCGAGUUCUCCUUCUCCAUCCUGCUCUACGGGCAGCCCGUAAGAGGCAGCCCCUUCCGCCUGCGGGCUGUCAAACCCUGCGACGCCCCGCAGUCGCCCGAUGAUGUGAAGAGACGCGUGAAGUCACCCGGAGGAGGUGGAGGGGGUGGAGGACAUGUGCGCCAGAAGGCGGUGCGCAGACCCUCAAGUAUGUACAGUACAACGAAGAAGAAGGAGAAUCCCAUAGAGGAUGAACUCAUCUACAGAGUGGGGACGAGGGGUCGCGAGCGGGGGGAAUUCUCCAACCUGCAGGGCAUCUCUACCACCAGCAACGGCCGAAUCGUGGUCGCUGACAGCAACAACCAGUGCAUACAAGUGUUCUCUAAUGAUGGUCAAUUCAAACUGAAGUUCGGGGUCAGAGGUCGCUCCCCUGGUCAGCUCCAGCGCCCCACUGGCAUUGCAGUGGACUUGAAUGGCGACAUCAUUGUGGCCGACUAUGACAACAAGUGGCUCAGCAUCUUCUCUCCAGACGGCAAGUUUAAGAAUAAAAUCGGUGCAGGUCGGCUGAUGGGUCCUAAAGGAGUGGCCUUGGACAAGAAUGGUCAUAUUAUCACGGCAGACAACAAGGCCUGCUGUGUCUUCAUUUUCCAAUCCAAUGGCAAACUGGUGACCAAAUUUGGUGCCAAAGGAACAUCAGAGAGGCAAUUUGCAGACAAAAGCACUCCGAAUACACCGACAGAGCCAAAGCAGAGUAAAUCUGGUCCUGCCUUCAGUCCUCAUUUUGUGGCCAUAAACAACAAGAAUGAAAUUGUUGUGACAGACUUCCACAAUCAUUCUGUAAAGGUUUACAAUGCUGAUGGCGAGUUCCUGUUUAAAUUUGGCUCACAUGGUGAAGGGAACGGCCAGUUCAACGCACCCACCGGCGUGGCUGUAGAUGGCAAUGGCAAUAUUAUUGUUGCAGACUGGGGUAACAGUAGGAUACAGGUGUUCGACAGUUCUGGCUCUUUUCUGUCAUACAUCAACACGACAGCGGAUCCUUUGUACGGUCCACAGGGUCUGUCUCUCACGUCAGAUGGUCAUGUGGCCGUGGCAGACUCUGGAAACCACUGCUUCAAAGUCUACCGAUACCUGCAGUAAAGACUCGCCGUGAUGGAAGAGUUAAAUAUACUGUAAGCUCCAACAGUCUUCUUUGGCAUUUCAUGUUUUCCUUUGCACAAGUCUCUGCACACAAAAUUCCAGCCAUUUGACUAAUGCUGAUGUGAACAAACCCAGGGCUUCAUGAAUGUUGCAUCCCUAUUUGAUGAAUUUGCAUUGAUUUGUGUUAAUAGUCACUUCCUAAAUGAAUGUACAUUGAACCCAAGCAAAUAACACAGUCGCUGUGUAUAUAACAGUGACCGAAGGCAGCUAUCUGCAUGCUUUUAUAAAAGUCUUUAUUGCAAACCUCAAAUGCUGCUUGACAAACCCCUCCGUUAAAUUGCAGGGAACUAAAUGGUGGUCAAUAAAUGCUUUCUGGGCAAAUCAUUAAUGCAACGGCUUAAGAAUGACCUGCGGAUGGCGCUAUCUCACAUCAAACUGGCCUUUUGUGCAUUGACUAGCUGUACAUGUGUACGCAUUUGUAUCAUAUGGUGUAAAUCUGAUCGCCAUUGAUUUGCUGUAGAAUGGUUUCAGAGAUCCACUCUCUCUAGUGCGCUGAAGCUCAAUAUUAAAGUAAUCCGGCUGUCAAUGUGCUUUAGUAAAACUGCUUGUAGGCCUCUGAUUUUAAAAGCUACGCCUAUACGUCACAUGGGCUUUCUACAUAUCACUGAACACAACAGCACAAUUUACAUAUUGCAUGCAUUUUAUUCACGUAAAAAGGUUAUAAAGCAAGUUUAUUUAUUUUGUAAACAAUGGUAUAAUGUUAUUUUUCUAAGUUGAAGUGUUUUGUUUAACUGCAGUUCAAUGCCUUCGGUGGUUUUCACAAGGUGUGCAAAGCUAACGUGUUGUGAAGUACAACUUGAGUUUUUUUUUUUUUUAACGCACAUGAUAGUCACCAUGUCAUUAAAAGGAAUGUGGAUGUGUCAUAUCAAGACGCCGAAGAUAUGAACUUAAAAAAAUAAGGGAAAAUGAAUUUACAUUUUAAGUUGCCAAAUUACGAAAAGAACAAUUUGCCAUAGUUGACCAUAUUACGGAGCAUUUACUACUGUUUUUUUAAUUAUUUUUUAUUUCGUUUUAUUAUGAAUGUAAACAAAUGAAUGAAAAAUAAAAAAAAUCACUGCAUUAGAAAUGACAGUUUUAUCAUUCUGGCCCAGAUGUUAUACUACUAAGUACACAAAAGCAAUGAA